GGAAGGACGAGACCACCGUUAAGAGAGGGGGGGAGAGCUUCCCUCGCAUGCGCGCUCGCCCCCUUCCUUACUGAGUCUCGAGGGUCCAGGGAAGCUCUCCCCCUCUCUUAACGGUGGUCUCGUCCGCCUUGCUCCUUAACACCCCGCUUCCACAAGGAAAGCAGCCAAUCAAGUGGAGAAGCCCUAGAAGGAUGGAGUGGGAGGAGGGAGCUGGCGCAAUCUCGCCUCUUCUUGGACCAGAGCAGAGGGGAAGCUGAAGGGCCUGGGAGCUGAAUAUAUAUAUUUAGAGAGAUGCAAUGCAGCAGAAAAUUCCUGAGGACAUUUCCUGUGUGAGACUGAGUAACAAUGACAUUGGUGCCUGCAGAGCAUGGACAAUGUGGCAGCAUCUUACGUGAGUGAAAGAGAGAUAAAAGGAACAUGUGGCCCACUUACUCCAGAAUACAAGUUUUGUGCUUGGUUCUCACAGUGCUGGCGAUUCUGGGUUUUGUUCAUAACUUUUAUCAGAUAGAGAAUACCACAGGUUUAAAGUGGUUGGUGGAAGAUGACUACCAGCAAUCUUUAUCACAGCUUAUUAAAAUACCCAGAAAGUUGUAUUGUGGCUAUGAACAGCAAGUUUUGUCCAGAAGAGAACGAGAGGAAGAAGAGGCCUUAUUUGCUGCUAUACAGUGGCCUGGACCAAAUGACAAAAUCCCUUUUGUGAAGAGUACAGACCCUUCCCAUAGCUACUUUGUAAUACUGAACACUCAUAAGCACUUCAGGGUUGGGGAUAAAUUAGAGGUACUGGUUCACAUGCGGGAUUAUGAAGGGGAGUCAAAGCAGUACGGUGGAGACUUUCUUCAAACAAGAAUCCAUUCUGCUCAUCUGAAAGCUGGAGCUAUUGGAAGAGUUUUAGAUUACCAGAAUGGAACAUACAGACUUUUUUUCAGUUUACUUUGGCCAGGAGAGGUCACGGUGUCAGUGUCUUUGGUCCACCCCAGUGAAGGGAUCCAAGUCCUGCAACGUUUGCGAGAGGAAAAACCAGACAGGACCUACUUUAAAAGCCUGUUCAAAUCAGGGAGGAUUUCAGAAGCUACUGAGUGCAAUGUAUGUUUACCUGGAGACAUGCCAGUCUGCAACUUUACAGAUCCCUACACUGGUGAGCCAUGGUUUUGCUACAAGCCAAGAAAACUUUCCUGUGCCACCAGAAUCAACCAUUACAAAGGGGGAUAUCAAAAGGGCCUUUUGACUUCUGAAGAGAGUCGGCUUUUCCAAAGUGGUGUGAAUAUCAAAGUGCCAAUAUCCUCUAGUGGCCCUGAUACUGUGAUCGUAAGGCCCUCGGGGUAUACAGAGACGGACAAUCUAAAAAAAUCUCAAAGGCCUGAUGUAUUCCCUUCUGGACAUUAUUAUCAGGAUGAAUGGCAACCGAGAACCCAGUGGAUUCACCAUUUUAACAAAUCAUCAGAUGUUACUGAAUGUUUACAGGAUAAACUCAUCCACCUGUUUGGAGAUUCUACAAUCAGGCAGUGGUUUGAAUAUCUGACAGCAUUUGUUCCAGAUCUCAUGGAAUUAAAUCUCGGCAGCGCUAGGAAGAUUGGUCCUUUCAUGGCUGUUGACCCAAAGCACAACAUCCUGCUAAAAUUCCGUUGCCAUGGUCCUCCUAUACGUUUUUUCACAGUUUUUAGCAGUGAGCUGCACUACAUUGCCAAUGAACUCAAUCGUAUUGUUGGAGGGAAGAAUACUGUGAUAGCCAUAACUAUCUGGUCUCACUUUAGCACUUUUCCUGUAGAAGUGUAUAUCAGGAGACUGAGAAAUAUUCGCAGAUCAAUUAUCCGACUGUUGGACCGGAGUCCCAAAACUCAGAUAGUUAUCAAAACAGCCAAUGUUCAGGAACUUGGGCCAGAGGUGAGCCUUUUCAACAGUGACUGGUAUUCUGCUCAGCUUGACACAAUCAUGAGAAAAAUGUUCUCAGGAAUUGGAGUGAAUUUUGUGGAUGCUUGGGAGAUGUCACUAGCACAUUAUUUGCCACACAAACUACAUCCAGAUGAUGUCAUUGUCAAAAAUCAAGUAGAUGCUUUCUUGUCUUUUAUAUGCCCACCCGAAACAUCCUAUAGCUUCUUAAGAGGAAUACAUAAUCAAAUGUCAAGUCUUUUUCUGUAGUUCAGUGUCAAAUACAUCUUCUGGAGUUGCUGUUUUAUCAUGAGUUACUACUGAUUUUUGAUGCCCACAACCUGCAUCUAAUCUGCACAAUUUGUAGCACAACAUAUGUGUUCAUAUUUCCAGUGUUUGGGGAUCAGGUUUUAAAAUUAUCAUGUGCACAGAUACCACUUUGCAGCACAGUUCAGUGUGUAGGCAGACAUAGUUCCACUUGCCACAGUCAUCAUGAGGGAAGUAGCUGUCAUCAGAGGAAAGGGGAGUUCUGAUUGUUCCUGAGGGUUGUUUCUCAGAUCACAGGGCCUGAGUAGUCUUGCUGUCAGGGUACCUUGGCUUACAGUACUACGACUGACUGAAAACAGAAGCUGUCAUGUAUUUAAUCCUAAAUAAACAUGCCAACUUGUUUGGUCCUAUGGAGGCCUGGUUAGAUAAAACUGGUUUGUGUGUGUUAAAUUCUCACAGCUUCACCCACUGGAUUUUCCUUGCAGCAACCAUUUGAAGUUCUACUCCAGGGGAGUGGUACUAGAAAACAAAAAGAAAGGAAAAACUUUGCCACUAUUCUACAUGCAGAAGGUCUUCCAAUGGAGUAUUUUCAGAUGGCCAGAGACUUACAGUGCCUUGUGCAAAUAUUCACCCUCCUUUUACUUUUCCACAUUGUAUUACAACCUGGAUUUAAUUAUCCAUGCUUCUAUAAAGCUGAGCUUUGUAGAGUGUCCAAGUGAUGGUUUUCUCUUUUUUAUUUUUUCCAGUCUCAGAUGUGGGUCUCUCCCGCUUCUUCUGAGUUCUCAUUGGACCUUUUUGGUGUUUCUCUGGCUAAAUACUCUGCUUUUCCAGUAAUUGAGUUUUCAUGGAUGGCAUUCCCUAGGCAGAAUUAUAAUUGAUCUGUAUUCUUUUGAUUUUGUAGAAAUAGAUUUAACAGAGCUCUGGGGCAUGUUCAUAGGAACAUAUUUUUAUACCCCAGGCGUGGCUGGAAAUUCCGCACUUUUCUUCUGGACUUGUUUUUGAUAGCUUUUUGCUCUUCACAGUGCUAGAGAACAUUUCUCUAGAUACGUUUUCCAAUAUAGUCUAGAGUCAGACUUUCCAGAAACAGGUAUUUCUCAUAUCAAAUGUUGUAGGGCUGAAAUUACAUGCGAAUGGAUUUUAUUCAACUAUUUAUUUGACUUCUGGAAGCAGUCAGUUGUGCCAGAGCUUAUUCAAGUGUGUCAGAAGAGAUAAUAAUAAUAAUAAUAUUUUUUAUUUGUAUACCGCUUUUCCGUCUGAUCAAAGCGGUUCACAAUAUCAUACAGUACAAUACAAAACAGUACAAUAAUCAAGCAAUACAAUAUAUCAACAGUUACAUCAGCAAUAUUACACAGUUCAAUAAAAGUCUCAUAGCAAAUACAAAUCAAUUUAAAAACAAUCGGUUGUGGUUGGAUAUCCGGAUCUUAAUUAGGGUAUUCUAUCUCUAAAGAGAAUCGGGGGUAUGCUAUCUGAAAAAGAAGAAUAUCUAGGCAACCAGCAAGCAUCAGUUUGAUCUUGUUUACUUAACUUUUGUGCCAAAUAAAAAUAUUUGUACUUUUCCA